AUGGGCGUAUGUACGAUGACGUUGGUUGUCGGCCUCAUGUUGAGGAUGAUCUAUAAGAACUAUGGCAUCAUGAAGAGCAAAAAGAUGUCUGAUCAUCUGCCGAAUGUUGUCAUAGUUCUUGCCGUCUCUGUCUUCUUUAUAAAUGCUGGCUCUGCUUACGUGGAUCUGGCCGUAACGGAUUGGCGUGCAGUCUACAAAGACCAAGAGUUUUUCCUUCUUGCUCCACUUUUAAAGAUCAUUCUGCAGUUGAUUUCGUUCAUAACAGUAACAUAUUUUGGUAGCAUGUUCCUCGAUCUCCCCCCUUUUCUUGUUAAAAACUUUGAAAAGGGGAUAGCGGAGCGCCUGAGAACUUACCACAGCAACGCUGACCACAAGGCGACCAUCGAUGAAAUGCAGUACCACUAUCGCUGUUGUGGGGGGGCCAAUUACAAGGACUGGCUGACCACCCGCUGGUACCUUCUCAGGUACUCCUACUAUGAAUUCGACCAGUCCAUGAAAGCUAAGUUAGGAAAAUUUGAUGUUAACGCUGUUCAGCAUGUCAAGACGAUUCUUGUUUUGGUCACAACAUGA